AUGUCUGGGCUCCGGUGCUUUGCGUCUGUCUCUCGAGCCUUUCUGCCGGUAUGUGGCGUGGGUAUUCAGCCUCAAUUGAGGGUACGAACAUUCUCGAGUACCCCCAUCGCUCUGGCCAAAAUAUCUUCACCUGGAAAGAAAAAGCGCAGAAAGCGGGUCAAGGUCCGAGAGAUCAAUCCAGAGGCCAUGCCAAUAGUGGAAGCCGCACAUGUACUACGGGCAAGUGGUAUUGAUUAUCCAGGCAGUAUCUAUGGCACUAAGCAUUGGUCUAUGUCUGUCGAGGCUAGCCGACCACUCUCUGCGUACGAAUUGCACAUCAAGACGCAAUUUACCCGUGGUCAAGCGCCCUUGCGAGGCCGAAUUGCCUUGCCCCGUGACCCACGGACCCGCGGUGAGACUGUGCUAGUAUUUGCAGAGGGAAAGGCAGCUCAGGAUGCGCGCGAGGCCGGCGCCGCCUACGUCGGUGGUGAGGAGCUUGUUCCAAAGGCCUACCAAGGUGAUUUGUACUCCCAACUUGAUAGGACCCAUUACUCCGAAACUUGCAAGAUUUUUGGGGCCAAAAGGCACGUUUUCACCCCGCCUGUGUCUAGAUUCUCCUUGGCCGACUCAAGUCCCACGUUUUGUUACAUUCUAGGAUUGAUGCCGGCAGCUAAGCGCGGGACGGUGACCGAGGACGUCGUUGCGGCUAUACGGGAAGCGAAAGUCGAGGAGGUCGAGAACAACGUGCGAACAUUUUUACAAACCGUGCGCGAUGCCAUGACACCAGAGGAUGAGGUAUUUGCUACUCGUAAAAAAGCUGCAUCAACCAUAUUGCAGGUCUAUCUCAGUUCUACCCAAGGCCCGGGCAUUGAACUAUCUGAUGUGGGGUAUAUCCCAUACAAGUAA